AUGGCGACCGCAACUCCGACCACCCAGAGAAGCACGUGCGGCAGCGGCACACCGCUGAGCCCCAGCAGGAUCACCAGACUGCAGGAGAAACAGCAGCUCAGGGACCUCAACGACCGUCUGGCCGUUUACAUCGAUAAAGUCCGCAGUCUGGAGUCUGAAAACGACGUACUCCACCUGCAAAUUAAUGAGAAGGAAGAAGUUAGGAGUCGAGAGGUAACCGGACUUAAAGCCCUGUAUGAGAAUGAGCUGGCCGACGCCAGGAGAUGUUUGGAUGACUCCUCGAAGGAGCGGGCCUGGCUACAGAUUGAGCUGGGAAAGAUCAAAUCCGAGCACGAGCAGCUUGUACAGAACUACAACAAGAAGGACUCUGAGGCAGCAGGAGCCCAGGCCAGGCUGAAGGACUUGGAGGCUCAGCUGAACACUAAAGAGGCCAUGCUGGCUACAGCACUAUCUGAGAAGAGAGGCCUGGAGGCCACAUUGGCAGAUCUGCAAGAACAGCUGCAGGAGCUGGAUACAGGUCUCGCUCAGGCCAAGAAGCACCUUGCAGAUGAGAUGCUCAUGCGUGUCGACUUGGAAAACCGCUGCCAGAGUCUGACUGAGGAAAUGGACUUCCGUAAGAGCAUGCACAAGGAGGAAGUAAAGGAGGCCCGGCAGCGGUAUGAGACGCGACUGGUGGAGGUGGACUCUGGUCGAAAGGAGGAAUAUGAAUAUAAACUGACUCAGGCCCUUGCUGACAUGAGGACUCAGAAUGAGGAGCAGAUCAAGAUCUACAAGGACAACAUGGAGAGCACCUACCUGGCCAAACUGGAGGAUCUGCGUCGGUUAUCUGAGAUGAAUGGAGCAUCAGCCAACAUGGCCCGAGAGGAGCUCAGAGAGUCCUCCCUGAGGAUCGAGAACCUCAGUGCUCAGCUGGCAGGACUGCAGAAAGAGACUCGUGGUUGGCGUGAUCGUAUAGCAGAGCUUGAAGUGGCGUUGACUCAGGAGAAAGACAUGAGCCGCAAGCUGCUGGCAGACAAAGACCGUGAGGUGGCUGAGAUCCAGGCCAGGAUGCAGCAACAGCUGAACGAGUACGAACAGCUGCUGGAUGUUAAACUGGCUUUGGACAUGGAGAUCAAUGCGUACCGCAAACUUCUAGAGGGGGAAGAAGAAAGACUGAAACUGUCUCCCAGUCCUUCAUCUCGUGUCACGGUGUCUCGAGCCUCGUCCAGCAGCCACAGCGUGCGGACCACUCAGGGGAAGAGGAAACGUGUUGAUGUGGAGGAACAGGAAGCCAGCAGCUCAGUUUCCAUCACUCACUCUGCCUCGGCCACAGGAUCCAUUUGCAUCGACGAGAUCGACACCGACGGCAAGUUCAUCUGCCUCCACAACAGCGGAGAUGAGGACCAGGCAAUGGUGGGAUAUGAGAUGAUUAAGACAAUCGGAAGUGCUACAGCCACCUACAAGUUCACACCCAAAUAUGUCCUGAAGGCUGGCCAGAAAGUCACGGUUUGGGCGUCUGAUGCUGGUGUGAGUUCCAAACCUCCCACAGACCUGGUUUGGAAGAACCAGUCCUCCUGGGGUUCGGGGGAGGGCGUCCAUGUGGUGCUGAUCAACCCACAGGGAGAGGAGGUGGCAAAAAGGACCACAACAUACAACAUGGCAGUAGAAGAGCAGGGAAAGGAAGAGGAUGAUAAUGGAGUGGAGACCUCUGAAGAAGAGUUCUUCCACCAGCAGGGAGACCCUCGCGCUGCCAAGAGAGGCUGCUUCAUCAUGUAAUCCCAUUGCACCAACCAGCCACCACCUCCUCUGAGCCCAGCCAGCCUGCCCACUGUAAUACUACAACUAUUUUUCUAUCUUUUGUAGUAUAUUUCAAUAAAAUGUGUGAAUUUUUAUUUUCUUUUUAUUUCUCUUAAAAAUGCACAACUGCUUUUGGUAGAUAUAUUUUCACCUGGAAAAAUGUUUAAAAAAAAAAGUUUAUUGAUCAAAAUUUGUAUUUCUAGUUCUGAACCUUUUGUAAACCAUUCAAUGAAUAGCUAAACUCAAGGAUAAGCAGUCUCUUUAAGAAAACAGUGUCAUUUUUUAAUGGAUUUUAUUUAAGUUUGUAUUUGAAAUAUUAUUAUAGCUAUAUUUUAGACCUUUAAAGUUAGAAAAGCCACAGGAUGUCAGUGAUGGGUUUAGGUCAUGGGCUUGUUUAGAUCAGUUUCUCAGUUAGCUUAAAAUAAAUUAAAGGACAUACACUAAAAGUUCUGCAUGCCAGGAGUUCAUGUAAUUAAUUACUUCCUUGACCUAGACUGGACAAAAAGUUGGAAUUACACAAUAUGUAAACCUCUUCUCAGUGGCAUCCCUCUAGCAUCAAAAGAAAUGUUAAUACCUUGAUUGUAUUCACACAGAAGUCAGUGGACCGUUGAUGUUUGUCAGCAGUUGCUUUUAGCUGAUGAUACACGGCGCAAAUUUUUGAGCAAUGUUGCUGGUCACGGGAUAGUGGCGGUGCGGGGCGGGUGGCAGAGUGGUGGGGGAAGGGGAUUACGGUGGUAAUCUUUACUCAUUACCAUUGACGGCAAUGUUGCCCUGCACCAUUGCUCUAAAAGUUGCCCCGUGUAUCAUCAGCUUCAUCCCUUUAUGUGUAAGAUUUGAAACUGGAUUUGGCGACUCCUUAUGGUAGUAUAAAAAAUUGUCAUUCGAGGACUACCAAAAAUAUGGACUCCAAACAGAAAUGUGUGCAUCAAAACAAUUUGACAUGAAAUUUUGCAUACUCGGCUGUAAUGUGAGUUUUUGUUUGCUGACUUUGAAUGAGCUUUGCACCAUAAACUGAGAAGUGUUGAUUGUAUUCUUACCUUUUGAUAUUCGAAGUGUUUGUAGUGCAUCUUGUGUUGGUGUUUUUAACUGUGCAUGCAAUCACUGUCAUCUUAAUAGUUGAAUAAUUCUUAAUAAAUGUUUUCUUGUACUUGUUUUA